AUCAUCCACAUUUCUUUCUUUAAGUCAGCUACGCCAACGCCCCCUAGUUUAGAGAGAACCAUACGUUGAUCAUGUCACAAGAUCAAGCGGUUGAAGACCCUUAUAUGUAUGAUGAUGACUCCAAUAGCAUUACACCAGAAGAUUGUUGGACUGUUAUAUCAUCAUUUUUCCAAGAAAAAGGUUUGGUGUCACAACAACUAGAUUCGUUUGAUGAAUUUAUUGAAACAACAAUCCAAGAACUUGUUUGGGAAGAUUCUCAUUUAAUUUUAGAUCAACCAGCUCAACAUACUUCGGAAGAUGAUCAUGAAAAUAGACGUUAUGAGAUUACUUUUGGUAAGAUUUAUAUUUCUAAACCAACCCAAACUGAAGGUGACGGUACUACUCAUCCAAUGUUCCCUCAAGAAGCCCGAUUACGUAAUUUGACUUAUUCAUCACCAUUAUACGUUGAUAUGACCAAGAAAGUAUUCAAAUCAGAUGAUAAUAAUAGAAAAGAGAAUGAACUAGAGUGGAUAGAAGAAAAAGUUCAAGAUGAAGAACCUCAAACUAAGGUCUAUUUAGGUAAAGUUCCUAUUAUGUUGAGAUCUAAAUUUUGUAUGUUACGUGAUUUAGGAGAACAUGAAUUUUAUGAAUUGAAAGAAUGCCCUUAUGAUAUGGGUGGUUACUUUGUUAUUAACGGUUCUGAAAAAGUUUUAAUUGCUCAAGAAAGAAGUGCUGCUAAUAUUGUUCAAGUUUUCAAAAAAGCUGCUCCUUCUCCAAUAUCUCAUAUUGCCGAAAUUAGAUCUGCUCUUGAAAAAGGUUCUCGUUUAAUUUCUUCAAUGCAAAUCAAAUUAUAUGGUAGAGAUGAUAAAGGUACUUCUGGUAGAACCAUUAAGGCAACUUUACCUUAUAUUAAAGAAGAUAUUCCAAUCGUUAUUGUUUUCAGAGCUUUGGGUGUUGUUCCUGAUGGUGAUAUUUUAGAACACAUUUGUUAUGAUGCUAAUGAUUGGCAAAUGUUAGAAAUGCUUAAACCUUGUGUUGAAGAAGGUUUCGUGAUUCAAGAACGUGAAGUUGCCCUUGAUUUUAUUGGUAGAAGAGGUGUCUUGGGUAUUAGAAGAGAAAAACGUAUUCAAUAUGCUAAAGAUAUCUUACAAAAAGAAUUAUUACCAAAUAUUACUCAAGAAGAAGGUUUUGAAACAAGAAAAGCUUUCUUUUUAGGUUAUAUGGUCAAUAGAUUAUUAUUAUGUGCAUUAGAAAGAAAAGAACCUGAUGAUAGAGAUCAUUUUGGUAAAAAAAGAUUGGAUUUAGCCGGUCCUUUAUUAGCAAACUUGUUCAGAAUUUUAUUCAAAAAAUUAACUAAGGAUAUUUAUAAUUAUAUGCAAAGAUGUGUUGAAAAUGAUAAAGAAUUUAACUUAACUUUAGCUGUUAAAUCUCAAACCAUUACUGAUGGUUUACGUUACUCUUUGGCUACCGGUAACUGGGGUGAACAGAAAAAGGCAAUGAGUUCUCGUGCUGGUGUCUCUCAAGUUUUAAAUCGUUAUACUUAUUCAUCUACUUUAUCCCAUUUAAGAAGAACUAAUACUCCAAUUGGUCGUGAUGGUAAAAUAGCCAAACCUAGACAAUUACAUAAUACCCAUUGGGGUCUUGUUUGUCCUGCUGAAACCCCUGAAGGUCAAGCGUGUGGUUUGGUCAAAAAUUUAUCUUUGAUGACUUGUAUUUCUGUGGGUACUCCUUCAGAACCAAUUUCAUAUUUCUUAGAAGAAUGGGGUAUGGAACCUUUGGAAGACUAUGUUCCUUCCAACUCUCCCGAUUCCACAAGAGUUUUCGUUAACGGGGUAUGGGUUGGUACUCACAGAGAACCUGCACAAUUAGUUGAUACUAUGCGUAAUUUAAGAAGAAGAGGUGAUAUUUCUCCUGAAGUUUCUAUUAUUAGAGAUAUUAGAGAAAAAGAAUUCAAGAUCUUCACUGAUGCUGGUCGUGUUUAUCGUCCAUUAUUUAUUGUUGAUGAUGAUCCAGAUUCAGAAACUAAAGGUGAUCUUAAGUUACAAAAGGAACAUGUUCACAAAUUAAUUAAUUCUGAAUACGAUGAAUAUGAUGAAGAUUCUGCUGAUUCCGCUUACACUUGGUCGUCUUUAGUUAGUGAUGGUAUUGUUGAAUAUGUUGAUGCAGAAGAAGAAGAAACUAUUAUGAUUGCAAUGACUCCAGAAGAUUUAGAAGCAAGUAAGACUUCUUUAUCAGAAACUCAACAAAAAGAAGUACAAUUAGAAGAACAAGAACAAGAUCCUGCUAAAAGAAUUAAACCUACAUUCAGUGGAAGUUUACAUACAUUUACCCAUUGUGAAAUUCAUCCUUCAAUGAUAUUGGGUGUGGCCGCUUCAAUUAUUCCUUUCCCUGAUCAUAACCAAUCUCCUCGUAAUACUUAUCAAUCUGCUAUGGGUAAGCAAGCUAUGGGUGUUUUCUUGACCAAUUAUGCAGUUAGAAUGGAUACCAUGGCUAAUAUUUUGUAUUAUCCUCAAAAACCUUUGGCUACUACAAGAGCAAUGGAACAUUUGAAAUUCCGUGAAUUACCAGCCGGUCAGAAUGCCAUUGUUGCAAUUGCAUGUUACUCGGGUUAUAAUCAAGAAGAUUCUAUGAUUAUGAAUCAAUCUUCUAUCGAUCGUGGUUUAUUCAGAUCUUUGUUUUUCAGAUCAUAUAUGGAUUUGGAAAAAAGACAAGGUAUGAAAGCUUUAGAAACUUUCGAAAAACCAUCAAGAUCUGACACUUUGAGAUUAAAACAUGGUACAUAUGAAAAAUUAGAUGACGAUGGUUUGAUUGCUCCAGGUGUUAGAGUUAGUGGUGAAGAUAUUAUUAUUGGUAAGACUACUCCAAUUCCUCCAGACACUGAAGAAUUAGGUCAAAGAACUCAAUAUCAUACCAAGAGAGAUGCUUCCACUCCAUUAAGAAGUACUGAAUCUGGUAUUGUUGAUCAAGUAUUGUUAACCACUAAUGGUGAUGGUGCCAAAUUUGUUAAAGUUAGAAUGAGAACCACCAAAGUUCCACAAAUUGGUGAUAAAUUUGCUUCUAGACAUGGUCAAAAGGGUACCAUUGGUGUUACUUAUAGGCACGAAGAUAUGCCAUUCACAGCUCAAGGUGUUGUUCCAGAUUUAAUUAUCAAUCCACAUGCUAUUCCAUCUCGUAUGACAGUUGCUCACUUGAUUGAAUGUUUACUUUCCAAAGUUUCGUCUUUAUCAGGUCUUGAAGGUGAUGCUUCACCUUUCACUGAUGUUACUGCCGAAGCCAUUUCUAAAUUAUUGAGAGAACAUGGAUAUCAAUCCAGAGGUUUCGAAGUUAUGUAUAAUGGUCACACUGGUAAGAAGUUAAUGGCACAAGUGUUCUUUGGUCCAACGUAUUAUCAAAGAUUAAGACAUAUGGUCGACGAUAAGAUUCACGCCAGAGCAAGAGGUCCAGUUCAAGUCUUAACCAGACAACCGGUAGAAGGUAGAUCUAGAGAUGGUGGUUUACGUUUCGGGGAAAUGGAAAGAGAUUGUAUGAUUGCUCACGGGGCAGCAGGUUUCUUGAAGGAAAGAUUAAUGGAAGCAUCAGAUGCUUUUAGAGUCCAUGUCUGUGGUAUUUGUGGUUUAAUGUCUGUUAUUGCAAAUUUGAAAAAGAAUCAAUUUGAAUGUCGUUCUUGUAAAAAUAAAACCAAUAUUUAUCAAAUACAUAUUCCUUAUGCUGCUAAAUUAUUAUUCCAAGAAUUAAUGGCCAUGAAUAUAUCACCAAGAUUAUACACUGAAAGAUCUGGUGUAAGUAUACGUGUUUAGUGACUACCGUUGGCCCUGGGGGUGACAUUGAGAUAAUAUUUUGAGAGAACUCAAAUUAUCCAAAUAAAAAAAAAACUUAUCUAUCUGUAUUCUAUAAUUUUUAAUGUUUGUUAAUCUUUUUUUUUUCCUUCGUUUCUUGAUUCCUUCAAACAAGAAGAGUCAAAAGUAUCUAAAAACCUAUAUAU